AUAUGUCGCGUGCGCUACAACGGCAACACAUCGGCGCUUUUACCGGUCUGUCUGAUAUCAUUUCAGUUAUGACUACGGAUUCUUGUGGAGGAGGACAAGUUUUUCGAAAGUUUACCCAAUUCAACGGAAUAAUUCUGUAAAAUCACAUCUUGUGUCAUCGAUAAGUGUGUCUUAUUAACUUGGGGGUAAUCUUCAGAAGAUUAGCUACUGGACUGGGGAUGAAGCCUAAACUCGUCUCAGUUUUCCGUGUCUGCUCUGUCAGCUAGCUGGCUAACUAGCUAGCAAGGCUAUCCAUCCAAGCUAACUAUUUCCGACUCAGCUAACGUUUGCUUUUUUUGUGUGAAGAGGGCCCAGCUUUACUAGCUAGCCUUACAUGUCUUUAGUUGCUUGUCUCGAAUUGAUUAUUAUUAUUUUUUGCCACGAAGUAGCGUUAUUCAAGAGUUGGUUGAACACCAGUCGACUAUUCACCCGAAGAGGCCGCUCCGGCUUGAUUACAAGUUGUUAGCACGUUAGCUAGCUUUAUUUUUUUUUUAGAUAUUUUUUCUUUUUUAUAGCUAUAUCUGGGUAGUUGCCAGCAAACAGCCAAACUGCAGGGUUUUUGUAAUAGGCACAUUAAUCUCUACAUCUCGCUGCAAUACCCAUUUUAGAUUUAAGGGUUGUCUGCAGCAGUUUGAAACAUUUCAGCUUCGAGAUGAGAAAGAUUUGUUGCUGUUCAGGGCCCUGAAACUCAAUAUUAGCUUGCUAGUCUGCCUGAGUUGGGAGUGGCUAGGGGUUUGCAUUAGCUGGUUAGCGAGCUAGCUAACAAACAAGGUCAGAUGUUCUUAUAUCGCACCCGUCUAUAGUGCGUAGGAUAAACAAAACGUAAUGACACAAACUCUCUAUAGAAAAACAAUGUAUUAAUGACCUGUUAAACCACGGUCAGAUUGACAGCGGUUGUGUUUCAAUAGCCGUAUCAUCAGCAGGCGCAGGGAUAGGAAACCCCGCACUGGUCAAAUAGUUUGUAUAAACUACCAAUCUGGAUUUAUCCGUUGCUGUGCUGAAGAUUGGUUGCCACACGAGCCUGCUCAAUAUAGCUUCUUUCCCUGUACAUUUUGAUGGACGUGGUUAGAUAUUUUCUAGACGGCUACUAUUGUUAUCGUCAUGCAAUUCUGGCUAGUCAGAGAUCUGACCUGUACAUAGUCGUGUUGAAUAACAUUCAGUGGACGUAAUGUAGCUCUGUGGAAAGAGAGUCCAAAAAUCUUUUUUUUUUUUUUUUUUUUUACUUAGAUUUACCAGAGUGUUGGUUACGUUUCUCGUUGAAAAACGAAAAAAUGAAUAUAAUGUUUGAUAGCUAGUUAGUGCUUAAACUCAAAAUAGAAUAGCCAGCCAGCGGAAUAGCUAGGCUAAAUUGAAUUAACAGCCGAUGAUUGAAGACUUAGAACGUUGUCAUUCUGGAUCAAGAAACCCUGUCUUUAGUCUCUGGUUGGAGUAACACUCCCAAGACAUCAUCAAUGCCUUCAGCGCUGGCCGUUUUCUCCUGCCGUCCGAAUUCACACCCUUUUCAGGAACGUCAUGUCUACCUGGACGAGCCAGUCAAGAUCGGGCGGUCUGUGGCACGAUGCCGACCGGCUCAGAACAACGCUACGUUCGACUGCAAGGUUCUGUCACGGAACCAUGCCCUCCUCUGGUUCGAUCACAAGACUGGCAAGUUCUACCUCCAGGACACUAAAAGCAGUAACGGGACGUUCAUCAACAGCCAGCGUCUGAGCCGGGGGUCUGAGGAAAGCCCCCCCUGCGAGGUCCUCUCUGGCGACACCAUCCAGUUUGGGGUUGACGUCACAGAGAACACGCGCAAAGUCACUCAUGGCUGCAUAGUGUCUACAAUCAAGCUGUUUCUACCUGAUGGCAUGGAGGCUCGACGACGAUCAGAUGUCAUCCAAGCACCGUUACCACUUCCUGUUGAUAAGGUUGCAGCCAACACCCCCAGUAUGUACUCUCAGGAACUCUUCCAGCUCUCCCAGUAUCUGCAGGAGGCCCUACACAGGGAGCAGAUGUUGGAACAGAAGUUGGCAACGCUGCAACGCCUACUGGCCACCACACAGGAGGCUUCAGAGAGCAGCUGGCAGGCUCUGAUAGAUGAGGACCGGCUUCUCUCCAGACUAGAGGUGAUGGGCAACCAGCUACAGUCCUACUCUAAAAACCAAACCGAGGAUGGGAUGCGUAACGAGCUGGUAGCCCUGCAGGAAGAUAAACACAACUAUGAGACCACGGCCAAAGAGUCCCUGAGGAAGGUCCUACAAGAGAAGAUAGAGGUGGUCAGGAAGCUGUCAGAGGUCGAGAGAUCUCUGAGUAACACGGAGGAUGAGUGUACUCAUCUGAAGGAGAUGAACGAGAGGAACCAGGAGGAGCUCAGAGAACUGGCUAAUAAAUACAACGGGGCCAUCAACGAGAUCAAGGACCUCACUGACAAGAUAAAGCUGGCAGAGGGUCGUCAGGAGGAGUUGACUCAGAGGGGUCAGAUGGAGAAGAAGGAACUGCAGCUUUGUAUUGAUGAGCUGGAGGAGAAGGAACAGGCUCUACAGGCCCGUAUCGAGGCCUUACAGGCUGAUAACGACUUCACGAAUGAACGCCUCACUGCCCUGCAAGUUCGGUUAGAACAGCUUCAGGAGAAAAGCAUAAAGGACAACAACAGUUUAGGAGAUCCACCAGGAGACAAUGACGUAGACGUUGACAUCAACCUGAACCAACAGGAAGCCGUGAAACAGUUGAAAGAAGCAGUUGGCUCGUCGUUGCACAAGCUGGCCAACUUUGACGAGGUCAUAGAUGCCCACCUGCAGAACAACCAGACAGCAGAAGGAGACAGCCUUACCAGUCCUGACAGACUCAAAGAAAACCUAGUGGAUGCUAAGGAGUCGGACAUGUCAGAUACACUAAGUCCCAGCAAAGAUCGCAGCAGUGACGACACGUCAGACGGAAACAUGGAUGAUCAUGAGCUGAACGAGCCACAGAACAGGGUUGCCCUGCUCAAAGAUGAGCUCAGUCGCGCCAACCUGGAGCCCGGGGACACAGAGCAGGUGAUUAACCACCUCCACAGAGAGCUGCUGGAGGCCCAGGAGUUGGCCAACACAGGCAAGCAGAAGUGUCUGGAGCUCCAGGCCUUACUGGAGGAGGAGAGGAGGAGUAACAGGCAGCAGACUGAGGAGUCAGCCAAGCAGAUCCAGUACCUACAGAUGCAGAUCAGUACAUUGCAGAGUACAUGGGAGGAGCUGAAGGAGCAGAGAGAGAGCAGCAUCAGCAGCACACAGGAGGAGCUGUACUCUGCUCAGGAGGAGGUGCUAGUUCUCCACCACGCCAUGGAGGCCGCCACGGCCGAGAGGGAGCGAGACAUCGCCGCCCUGCAGAGGGACCUGGGAGGUGUCACGGCCGAGCUGGAGAAGUGGCGUCAGGCUGCGUCGAAAUACGAACAGGAGAUCAACUCCCUGCAGGCCACCUUCCAACAGCAGAGCCUGCACCAGCAGAGAGCCCUCGAGCUACAAGGAGAGUUGGAGCGUCUUCAGAAGGACUGCUAUAAUAAUCUCAGUUCCAGGGAGCAGACUGCCAGUCUGAACAGCAGUCUGCAGUUACUGGAGAAGUCCCAGGGAGAGAUGCAGAGUAGACUGGGCUCACUGCAGGACCAACACCUCCAGGACGCUAACAAGCUGCAGUCACAGUUAACCCAGGCUGCUAGCAGGACACAGAGCCUGCAGAGAGAGUAUGAGGACACCCAGACCUUGCUAUCUGACCUGCGGCAGCGUUAUGACAGGACAGAGCAGGAGAAACGCUCCAUCAACGAGGAGCUGGAACAGUGUAAAUUCAACCUCAAACUGCUACAGGACAAGGGCAAGAAUAUUGGUUGGAGCCCCUGGAUACCGGUGGUAGCAGUGAUGGUAGCAGUGACAGCAGUGGUGCUUUACCACAACUCCAAGAGCACCUCGAACUGAGGAGGCAGCGACCUAUAUAACCACACCGCCUGUACCACCUCUACCUGUCUACCAGGCCUGCCCUGGCCUCCACUCCUCCCUCCACACCCCAACCUCCUGUACCACCUCUACCUGUCUACCAGGCCUGGCCUCCACUCCUCCCUCCACACCCCAACCUCCUGUACCACCUCUACCUGUCUACCAGGCCUGGCCUCCACUCCUCCCUCCACACCCCAACCUCCCGCCCACCUUGCCCUCUCUCCACACCCCAACCUCCUGCCCACCUUGCCCUCCCUCAACACCCCAACCUCCCGCCCACCUUGCCCUCUCUCCACACCCCAACCUCCCGCCCUUAUAGCCUCCUGAUCGAUCCUCCAGGGCUGCUACCCCUUUGUCUCCUUGAUUGAUAGAUGUAUUAAUUCAUUAAUUGAUUACCUCCCGUCUGGUCUAGUAGUUCCCCCACAUAAAGGCCCUCUGCUUUAAACUGUACAAAGUCAAACUGUAUAUAUAUAUAUAUAUAUAGAGAGAGAGAGAGCGAGAGGAAAGAUGAAUACAAUUAGUCAUUUCUACCAUAGAUUAAAUACUAUAUCAGCAGUUAUUGUUUUCUGUAAUCAGUUGGAUGAUGGGAAUAUUGGUCAUUGUAUUAUUAUCAUUAAAGUGGCCUAAACUAGGCUUUGUUUUAGUUCUGAUGGGUACCAAACCUUUCUUAAUUACUUUGGGCUCCAGGUUGUUUUAGAGGAGUUGACUUCCUGUGUGGUUGGGUUGUUCAUGUGCUAUUUACAAAUCUGGGUUUAAUAUUGAAGCCAAAAUCAUCAAUGUGAUUAUUUGUUAGGUUACAUCCCUAAUGGUCGAACCAGCAUACUUAUCCCUGUAUGUUGCCCUGGGCAAAGGUACUGCACUAUAUAGGGAAUAGGGUGCUGUUUUGGGAACGUGCGGCCUUCAUGAGGCACAAGGGGUUGUUAAGUGCCUAUUGAAACUAACAGACGAGUCGGAUUGAACUUUCUAGAAGCCAUUUCUAAACAACUAAGUUAUUGAAACCCAUCUGGUGUGUGUAGGUAACUGGGUUUAUACCGACAUGUAUCUCUGCUGAACUAUUCCGUCUUGUUUUAUUUGUGUAUUGUAAAAAAAUAAUAAUAAUAACUAUGGACAAAAUAUACAUCAUGUUUAAAACAACACUACAGAACUUGUUAUUCGGAUGUGAUACUAGAUGAGUUUUGGUAACUUUGGAGAUAUGUUGACUUGAACACAGUUUAUUUGGCCUCUGGUUUCAGCCACAAGAAGACAUUAUAGGCACAACCCCUUCAGUUGAUCAUGUUGUUAAAGGCUGUAGUGGACUGGACCAGUAAGUAGUCUGUCUGUCUCUAAACUCUAGCCUGCUAACUCUGGGUUCUUGGCCCAUGUGCAGAUGGUAACCUACCCAGGGCAAACUCCGAACCUUAUAUGGUAUGACGUGAUUAAUCUGUUGUAAUAAAAAAUACAAAUAAAACAUUUAAUAUGGGCUAUGAUGGGACCAGAGUUUUUCCAUCGGGUCAAAUGGGUUGAAGAACAACUCCUGGCCUUGAAAUCUGUCAAACUGUAGCAACCUUGUAGUUGUUCGUAUGAAUUAUAUUUGAAAGAAGGAGGGGGGGGGGUUCCUACUGUGUACACAGAGAAUGCAACAUGAUUGGCCGAUAACACUCACAUAGGGCUGAGCUUGCUAUAUGCAGGUCUGCAUCGUGUGGUCUUUCCCUAUGCAACUGUAGGCGUCAUGAAAAUGUACCUCGGUCUUGUCAGCUUUUGUUUAUAUUGAUUCAUUCCAGUCAAGGUAGCCUAGUCAGUCCCAAGUUUGAAUGUAAACUCCAUUUGAUCCCAUUCACAUGUUCUCAGAAACAAAAGGGGCUAUAAAUACAGAAUGUUACUGCUUCAUCUACCCUGGCCAGAGGGACUGGGCACAGUAGGCUAGACUGCAGCUGUCCUUAACCAACAGUUGAUCAGACUGAGAUCGCUGAUGUUUAGGUGUUUAGGCUACUACAUUUAUCGAAGUGUUUGUUUUUUUUUGUUUUUUUUUGCUUGUGUCUGUCGAGAGUGAUGUGUUAUCAUGCUUGCUAAAUAAAUACUGGAGGAAAGUGGAAAGCACACCUUUGAGCUUUGUGCCUGGCCUGCACUUCCUGCGAUUUCCGUGAAUCUGAUUGGUCAAGACACGCAAAGAGCCUGCAGCAGCACUCCGAUGUGAAGGACAGACAUUUUGUUUUGUACAAUUUGACAAAUCGUGACACAAAUCGGUCAAAAAAAUGUAUCAAACUAUAUCCAAAGUGGUGUUAAGAGUAAAAUGUGGUGCCUCACCUGAUUUGAAAAGGAUGUGCCCUCAUGUUUACCCAUGUAUAUGGUUCUAGUCCCAGACCCUGCCCAUAUGGUUCUAGUCCCUCUGUAUUUUAUGGGUUCUAGCCCAAACCCUGCCCAUGUCUAUGGUUCUAGUCCCAGACCCUGCCCAUAUGGUUCUAGUCCCUCUGUAUUUUAUGGGUUCUAGUCCCAAACCCUGUCUAUGGUUCUAGUUCCAGACCCUGCCCAUGUCUAUGGUUCCUAGUCCCAGACCCUGCCCAUGUCUAUGGUUCUAGUCCCAGACCCUGCCCAUGUCUAUGGUUCUAGUCCCAGACCCUGCCCAUGUCUAUGGUUCUAGUGUCAGACCCUGCCCAUGUCUAUGGUUCUAGUCCCAGACCCUGCCCAUGUCUAUGGUUCUAGUCCCAGACCCUGCCCAUGUCUAUGGUUCUAGUGUCAGACCCUGCCCAUGUCUAUGGUUCUAGGCCUUCUCUACUUUAUGGGUUCUAGUCCCCAGGCCCAAGCGCACAGUAUGUUUUGGGUUCUAGUCCCAUACCAGUAUGUUAAUGGUUGUAUUCCCAGCCAGCCAGAAAGAACUCUGUACCACAGAUCACUACUCCGAAGUCACCUGAGGAUGAAUCUGCUGCCUUACCUGUCUGUGACAUGGAGUUCCCCGUCGCUCACCUCCAGACUGAACCUGGAGCAGAAAGCUAUGAACAUGUCAGACUGGUUGGUUUGGCAUUAUUUGUUAUCCUACCACUAAGCACAGUGAUGUUCACUACCAGUCCAGUGUGGUACAUAGAGGUUGAAAGGUCCGAGGUUAACCUGGGUGUUGUGUUUUGAGACUGGAUCAAUGUGAAUCAGGGAAACAAUCAACAUGAAGAAAAGGAAAGUUUAAGGGUUUACUUUUGUGUGUGUUUGAUGCCUAGUCUGGUUAAAACAGACAGAAUGCUGGCAUCACCAUUAAGCUCCCCGAUUCAGUGUGGCUAUACCAGGAUCAUACAGAGUUUACUGGCUUUGCAAAGCAGCUCUUCAUCCUAUUUCACUGUGUCAAUACAUGUCAAUGCUUCAACGCCCCCGAUUUAAACCCUAUCCUGUGCCACCACCACCACCUGAGUACAGGACUGGACCAUACAGGAGACACCAGGAAGGAGGAGGUUAAAAUCAGUCCAGCCAGCCAGCGGGACACCAUGAACUACAACCGUCUUGUUCACGCAUCACACAGUGACGUGACACAGUGACUUGUGUUUCACAUCACAAGGCCUCGAUCAUCAUCUUAAGGACACAAUAACAAAUCCCUUUUUCACGCUUUCCAAAUGUGAUGUUUAUCGCUAGAAUGUGUCAAAUAAGAAUGCAGUCUCAUGUCACCCACAGUAUGUGUUUUGGAUACACAGUGAGCUUCAAAAGCAGUGCGACACUUUUUGUUGUUUUGGUUCUGUGCUCCGGGCACUUUGUAUCAUUUCAAAUCUAAUGACUAUGAGGUCAAAGUGCAGACUGUCAGCUUUAAUAUGAGGGUAUUGUCAUCCAUAUCGGGUGAACCGUUUAGAAAUUACAGCACUUUUUGUACAUAUCCCUCAUUUUAGGGGACCAAAAGUAUUGGGAACAUUUCACUGUGUAUUAAAGUAGUCAACUUGGUCCCAUAUUCAGAGCAGAUACUGAUGACAUCAAGCUGGUGACUCUACACACUCAUUGGAUGCAUUUGCUGUUUGUUUUGGUUGUGUUUCAGAUUAUUUUGUGCCCAAUAGAAAUGAAUGGUAAAUAAUGUAUUGUGUCAAUAGAGUCUCACUUAUUGUAAAUAGGAAUAUAAUUUCUUUCUACAUGCUAAUACAUUCAUGUGAACACUACCAUGAUUUAGGAUCAUCCUGAAUGAGAGAAAUGUUGAGGCACAAAUAUAGCCCCAAGACAUGCUAACCUCUCAACGAACUGCAAAUUCAUCCAUUUUUUAUUUUACCUUUAUUUAACCAGGCAAGUCAGUUAAGAACGACAAUGACGGCCUGGGAACAGUGAGUUAACUGCCUGUUCAGGGGCAGAACUACAGAGUUGUACCUUGUCAGCUCGGGGAUUUGAACUUGCAACCUUUCGGUUACUAGUCCAACGCUCUAACCACUAGGCUACCCUGCCGCCCCAUCUGGUAUGCAGCAUCACCAGCUUGACGUCGUCGUUGCCUGCUAGGAAUAUGGGACCAAAUACUACCUUCUGACUACGUUAAUACACAUAUAAGUGAGAUUGUCCCAAUACUUUUAAUCCCCCAUUUUAGGGGACCACGUCCAAAAAGUGAAGUAAUUUCUGUUAAACUGAAUUAAAUGGAAAAUACCCACAAAUUAAAGCUGACAGUCUACACUUUACCCUUAGUCAUCGUAUCUUUCCGAAGUGUGCUGGAGUUUGAGCCAAAACUAAAUGUGUGACUGCUUUUUUUGUUUUGUUCACUGUGUGUUUGUGUAAAUAUACAUUCUCGACAACACAAAAUAAAAGUUGAUACUAAGUGAUAUUGGUCACAUCAUCCAA